AUGAGGUUAGCUCAUCCAGGUGUCGAACUCCAUGUCACGUCUCUCGGCAGACCAGGGGAUGCAACGAAGAAGAGGAAAACCAUCAAAUCCGCCUACGAUAGCACCACUUUCGACAAUGACUUGACUAUUCACGUCGACGGUAGAGUUGGUUCUGCCACAAUCUCGCCGUGUGGGCGCGAUGUCGCCCUUGCUUCCCCAGAUGGCCUUGCCAUCAUUGACCUGGAUUCGCCAUACAAUCCACCGCGCCGCUUGAGAAGCCACGGCCUCCCGUGGCUUGUUGUGGAUGUUCAAUGGUCACCAUUCUCCGCCCGCGAUUACUGGGUCGUAUCUACUGCGAACCAUCGCGCCCUCGUCUGGAAUCUCAAUUUGAGGGAUGACUCGCCCUCGGGUGCCAUUGAGCACUCUCUUCGGGGCCAUAAUCGCGCCAUUACCGACGUCAAUUUCUCCGCUCACCACCCCGAUCUCCUGGCGACGUGUUCAGUAGAUGGCUAUGUACACUACUGGGACUUGCGGCGGCCCAGACAGCCAGUCGUGACCUUUUGUGAUUGGUCCUCUGGCGCUACCCAAGUGAAAUACAACCGCCAAGAUCCCAACAUUCUAGCGUCUUCUCACGACCGGUGGUUGCACAUCUGGGAUGAACGACGCCCCAGCGAACCGCUGCGGUCCAUCUACGCGCACAAUUCCAAAAUCUACGGCAUCGACUGGAACCGUGUUCAGGCAAAUGCCGUUGUAACUUGCUCUUUGGACAAAACAAUCAAGUACUGGGACUAUAGCCGCCAUGAUAGCGUUCCUGAGCGCGUUAUUCGAACUGAUUUUCCUAUAUGGAGGGCUCGCCACACGCCCUUUGGGAACGGCCUUCUCGCCAUGCCCCAGACCGAACCGGGAGAUCUUUAUCUCUACAACAACAAGGGCCCGGACGUCAAGGAGUUCUUAUGGAGAAGCCGUGGAGGCGUCACAGAUGGCUGCGACGAGCGCGAGUUCCAACUCGUUUCUUGGGGAGCGGACAACCAUCUUCGACUCCAAAAUAUCGACGCUAGUAUCCUAAAGUCCGUCAACUACACCAAGGGCGGGCCAGCGCAGGAGAAGCUCAACAUAACUCGCAAAGGCGCGGCUUACAAGACGUACCGGUCUGUUGGCGCUGACGGCCAUCGCGACCGGAGGGACGCCACUAUGAGUGACUUGAAGCCAACUCAACCUAGCAACAAAAACUAUCAGAGCGCGCUCACCUUGGGGAUGCGGGCGAUGCCUAUCAAUCGACACAGGAUCGGCAUGACCUGGAGAGGGACAUCCAUGACGGCUAAAUCGGCAGAGACGAGGGAUCUGAAAGGGAGUCAGGCCCAAAUCGGUUGGAUGAGGGGCGUCACCAUGACCAAACGGAAGCCUUCUGGCGAGGGUUCCCAGGGGCUUCCGCGCCGGCAUAGCUCGAAAGACUCGACGCUUUUCGGCCACAGCUAUCUAACCGAUGAAUGGGCGGAUCAACCGGAAACGAUUCAGGAGGAGGUUCUCCGCAUCAGCCAACAGCUGCCCAAGGUCAAAUGGGAGGCAAUCAAUUUGGAAACCCUCACCCUCGAGGCAUCGCUUAAUGGGCCAUGGGGUGUAGGAGACUCGUCUAUAUUCUUCAAGGUGAAGGUGGACAUACCAUCCAACUACCCAAAAUCAAGGGGUCCCAAGUUUACGAUUGAGAAAACGUCCUUGAUGCCUGCCGACACCCACAAGCGUGUGGAGCAGGAAAUUGCAAAACUCGUGGAGCGGUUCCUUGAGCAAAGGCGAAACUGCCUCGACGUCGCAUUUUCGUACUUGCUAGGAGAUGUCGACCUCAAAUCCAGCACCUCCAUUUUUAGGAGCGGCAAGGAUCUCGACGACGGUAUAGACGGACUUGCAGAUGAAAGCUCCAGCGAAGAUGAAGACAACGACAUCCCCGCGGGGGUCGGCAUCCAUGUCUCAAGAGCUAACGUCGAGCGUUGUGGCGGAUAA